GUCGCGUUCAGGCGCGCGUCUCCUGCAACCUUUGUAUAUCGGAAGCCAGUUCUGUGUGACUAGGUGACCUGAUGACUAGGUCUAGUGUAUCGUGUCUUUACUGAGAUGUGAGUGUGUUACUGUUGUGUGUGUGCUUCAGGAAACGCCGUAGGUGUGGUGUUUGGUAUGCGCGGCGUUCGCGCGCGGCGUUAGCGAGCGAUGGUUCGAGCGCAGCCCUUCGCGCGCCUGCUGCUGCUCUGUCUGACCCACCUCUCCCCGCCUGGAGCGUGCGACGUAGCUGGCGGUGCGGGGUCAAUAAACUCUUUGCCGGCAGCCGGAAGCGCACGACUGGCGCCAUCUUUUGACGCUGCCACGCCGAGGAACGUAACGGCUCUCGUCGGGAAAUCCGCCUACCUCAGCUGCCGUGUCAGAAAUCUUGGGAAUAGAACGGUGUCAUGGAUUCGGCACCGCGAUCUACACAUCUUGACAGUGGGCGGUUAUACGUACACAUCAGACCAGCGAUUCCAGGCGUCGCACUCGCCGCACACCGACGACUGGACGCUGCAGAUCAAGUGGGCACAGCAACGCGAUGCCGGCGUUUACGAGUGCCAGGUCUCCACGCAGCCAGUACGCUCUUUCUUCGUCACAUUACAUGUCGUUGAUUGUGACGAGAUCUACCAACUGAUGUUCUCAGACGCAGUGCCCUCGGCGCGUAUCCUGGGUGGCCCCGACCUUCAUGUGGAUAUGGGAUCCACCAUCAAUCUGACCUGCCUCAUCCAGUUCAGCCCCGAGCCCCCCGCCUACGUGUUCUGGUACCACGAGGACGAGGUGAGCGGCCGAAAACAGGUGAUCUCGUACGACUCGGCGCGCGGCGGCGUGUCGGUGGUGACGGAGAAGGGCGCGGCCACCACGUCGUAUCUGCUCGUGCAGGACGCCGCGCCCACCGACUCCGGCCGCUACUCCUGCGCACCCUCUAACGCCGACCUAGCCUCCGUGCGAGUGCACGUGCUCAAUGGCGAACGGCCGGCGGCGAUGCAGACGGGAUCGGCGGGUCUGUCGGACAGCUCGCGGGCUAUCGCGCUGCUGCUCGGCGCCUCGCUACUUCAUGCGCGUCUGCGCUCCGCUCUACUCGCGAGCUGAUCGCCGCCCAAUUACAUGCGUCUAAACUAAGGUUUUUUUAUGAGUGGAAUAUAAGUCCUCUGGAUUCAUAUUCACCGCGGCGGCGUUAGUCGACGUCGCCGUGGUCAUGAAAGCGAUUGACGAAUCGGUGCCGGCUUCUCUUGUACAGAAAUUCUUAUAUCUUAAUUAAAUAACUUAAGAAUAAAGGAUAAAUGUGUAAUUAAAACUCAGAGAAUCGUUACAUAAUUGUUAUAAAGUAAGUGAAAUGGAACGUCUCACUAGUAGAUUUUUGUAAAUUUUCGCUCAAAUUAGCCGUUGUAAAUAGAGUACCUAUGUACGAACGGUACGGUAAGGGCAGAUUAACAGCGUGUGUCGCAGUAGACGGUGGGUCUAACAACUCCUAUGCUAUUUCUAUGCUAUUCUGCUAUCCCCUGAUAAAAGUAAUCAACUAUUUGUGACUGUCGAGUCGAAUGAAAGCGAUCGAAUUUUGUUCCGAGUUAAACUAUUGACUGUGUAUAAUCUUACUUUAAAUAUUAUUUUUAUCAGGGAAUGUUAUAACUACUUUAGGCUCCUGGAUACGACGACCAGUCAUAGGAUCAAAUUAAAUCUACAUUUGUCAAUGUAAAAAUGACAUUAUUAUGAUUUAUCUUGUUUAAAGUCUUAAAAGGCUGUAUUGUAGCGAUUGAGGUUUUCCAAAUUAAUUAAUAAAUAUUGUAUACUCAUGGAUAUUCGUCAAUUUAAAGAAAAGUAUGUGUUAUGUUUCUUUGCCGCGCCACAUUAGCAAAAGAAACUUCGCUCGAAGUACCUUAAGUAAUAAAUUGUACGAAAGAUAUAGAUAGAGGAACAUAUUCAAAAGCGUUUAUAAUAAUGCACUUAUUGUCAGUUUCAUUGUUAUCUUUUGUUGACCGUGUAAAUUAACUAUUUCACAAGUAUCGCGAUAUGUUUAUAUUGUAAUCUACUAGAGAGGUUUGAGUACUUGUUUGGAACAUUUACUAAAUAAUAAUUCAAUAGGCCAUGCCUGUUUCAUUGUAAUUUAUCUAUUAUUUUGUUUUCUGAUGUAAAUAAUAAAGUCUGCAAAUCAUAUCAUGAUGAUGAAAUUGUUUUUUUUUAUGUUGAAUUUUUUCGUGUUCAAGGAAUUGAAAUAUUUGUGAGACGUUAAUUAAUUUGGUAAUCGCUUCAAUCUAGCGAAUUUUAAAGAUUUUUGUGAUAAAUUCCUAAUUACAGUAUCUUUAUUUUUCACUAUAAAUAUAGCUAAUUAUUUUAAUAUUUAACAAAAGAUUUAGGAAAUACUGGUUACUUCGGAACUUCUUGUGACGUCAACAUAUUUAUUAUAACGGGUCUAUCCAAUUGUUCUAACUAAUCAAAGUUUGAUGAGCUAGAAAUAUAUUGGUAGUCUAUCAAACUUAAGUCACAUUUCAUAGAUAACAACUUAAUAA